AUGGCGCGCGCUGGUGAAUUUCAGAUAUCUGCUUUUCCUGAUUUUGACUCUGCACUCAAUGAGCUGAAACAAUUUCAGCGGUCACCCCAGCCAGACUACCAAGUUUGUGUGGCUACUGCUGAUGGGGCUUUGGUGGUGAAGCAAACUUUGGUGGACUUUUGGACGGUGAAGCACAUGUCCUUUGCUGACCAGAUGCAGAAGCUCCUGCAGGUCCACGACAAUGAGUUCAACACCAGAAAGUUGAAGCGUGGGGCAGAGGAGACAGAGGAUGCGCCAGAGGAAGAGCGGCCUACUAAGCGCCUUUGCCCGGGAACAAGCUCAAGCAUGGAAGAGUUGGAGACCAACCACCCUGACAGGACAUUGACAUCUAACAGCAAAGACUUUUCAAUGUUGUUUGAACAUUUCAGUUUUUAUCAGUGGUCUCCUUCAAUUAGAAUCAGGGCAUCCUUGAACGCUGGAUCCUUCGUCCUCUACCUGAGCGACAAAAUGCUUCCUUGUGGAUUGGCUGCUCUGCGGCCGUUACUGUGGAGGCCAACACUGAGCUCUGGGGGUUUGGGUCUGGAGAUUUCGCCAAAGGAAGUGAAGGUCAUCAGCUUGAAUGACCUCCUCAAGAGCUUGGAGGACAGUGGUGAAGUGAAUCUCCAGAUUGCGGAGCACAAGUUGGAGAAAGAUGGGGCUGCAAGCGCCUUGACUUUCGGUGCCAAAAUGGACCUUUCCAAGAUUCGCGUUUCGACCAAAAUUAAGAUCUUGUGGCGCUUAAGGCCUUGCUUUUGA